GCUAGGUGCUCAGCUAGCUGGCUGGCUCGGGUUGGUUGAGGGUAGCCAUGGCUCGAUUCGCUGCACUACUGCUUUUACCGGUUCUCAUUGAAUCGGUAUUUUCAAUUUCUUUCUUUUUACCGGUCAAUUCAAGGAAGUGUUUACGGGAAGAGAUCCACAAAGACGUCCUUGUCACGGGGGAAUAUGAAAUAAGCGAACAAUCAAACACCAAAACUAAUCUGAAGAUCACAGAUUCCUCCAGCCACACGCUUUACUCAAAGGAAGAUGCAACAAAAGGGAAGUUUGCAUUCACCACAGAGGACUAUGACAUGUUUGAGGUGUGCUUUGAGAGCAAGUCACCCAUGGGAACUGGGAGGGUCCCUGACCAGCUGGUCAAUCUGGACAUGAAGCAUGGUGUGGAGGCCAAAAACUAUGAAGAGAUUGCCAAGGUGGAGAAGCUGAAGCCUCUCGAGGUUGAACUGAGGCGACUGGAGGACCUAUCAGAGUCCAUUGUCAAUGACUUUGCCUACAUGAAGAAGAGAGAGGAGGAGAUGCGGGACACUAAUGAGUCCACCAACACACGCGUGCUGUACUUCAGCAUCUUCUCCAUGUGUUGUCUCAUCGGACUUGCUACCUGGCAGGUCUUCUACCUACGGCGCUUCUUCAAGGCAAAGAAGCUGAUUGAGUAGGGCGGCCCCUGGCUCCUUACCUCAGGGGAAGCUGCCCGCCAGUCAGCCAACACAUCCCAACAUCCACCCUCCUUGGACUAGCUUCAGCAAACAACAGCAAGCGGGGUUGAGGGGGCUCAAACUCUAGUUUUCCGGGCUGUGAGAGAAAGAGUACCAAGGUUGUCCUCUGAAAAAAAUGAAAACACCUGCUUAUUUAGUGGUUGGAAACAUGAAAAGCGCUGUAGGGAGAAAUGCACUGUGAGACAUGGGAGGCACAUUUCACUCACUGAGAUGUGUCCAUUUCCAUGGCACUUCACGUUUCUGUCUGCACUGUUUUGAAUGUUGCAGCUUACUGAAUAAGAACUUGUUGCUUCAAUCAGUUGAACAGUUUUGUUUGAUUUUGAGCUCAGUUUGAAUGGAUGUGCCAUGAGAGAAUGUCUUUUACCCUUCUGUUGAUGUACAAAUUCUUUGCCAUGCCAAGCAAACUAGAUCCUUGGUGCCCUUUUAUCAAAGUGAAGGCUUAUUUGAAUAGUAAGGUGGAUUGUUGUUACUUCGAAGAGAAAUUUGGCAACCACUGAACUUCUGUGUUAUGUCAUUUAAUUUGCAUACAUGUUUGGUAGAUAAAUUUGACCGUGUCUUUAGUUUGUUUUCAUAUUGUAAAUGCUACUUAGUUGCUUCUACAGGUAUUCGGGGGAGGGGGGGUGUAAGUUAUCAGGGAGAGAAAUAUCCUCUUAGCUAUAAAUUAGGUCACCUCUAUCAGCUCUUGCACGUUCUUUUUUUCUCCUAAAAUAUAAAAAUACAUUUACCAUCUCAAAUACUUUAACAUCAUCAACUGUCCAGAUGUCCAGAAAUCAAAAACUUGUUUAAACUUAGGAUUUAUGGAUAUGGCUUAGAAAGGAGUUCCAGCAAUCAUAAGUGAUUUCAUCAGUUAUUUCAUAUCAGCUGUUUUCUAUGAUACCAUUCAGGCUGAUAAAUGAAUAUAAUCCUGCCAGUUUCUCUUGCCAGAUUUCAGUGGAUAGAGGCUCUGAAGGGAAAAGUAAAGUAUCCCAGACCUUUUCUAGGAUGUGUUCCAUUGAGUCAUAUGUUUUCUGUACACACUGACAGGUGAAACUUUCUUACUGGUCAUAAAUAUCAGUUCCCAAUUACAGUACUUACAGAUCCAUCCAGUGUGCUUUUUUCUUUCCUUUGAAAUUAAUUAAGGCUUGGGUUCCAUGCGAAUGUGGGUGGUUGAAGAUAUUUCAGCUUGUUUUCGACAGGGUUUAAUUAAGGCAUCUGUCAUGGGUACAUUUUUAACAGUGAAAAUGCGCGUUGUGCGCAAUCAAUGAUUUUUAUGUUGAUUGAUAAAUUUUGUAAAGGCUUGUGUUGGGCUUUUAUUCAAUAAAAUAUUGGAUGGAUUUACAUUA